AUGAGACCGACAGCAUGGCUCGCCCAAAGCAAAGCUAUUGCGACGAUGGCGCUUUCCCAAAGAUCUAUUCGCGCCUUGGACCGCCUCCGAACGUAUUCCCCUCCGCCAACGCGAUGGUAUGACUGUCCCCUUACGAGACGCGCGGCUGUCCUUAUAUUGCUCUUUCCGGACCGGCAUGGCGAGCUUAAGGUGGUCCUCACGAUGCGCAGCGCGCAGUUACGCAACUAUGCGGGACAGGCUGCGCUGCCCGGAGGCAAAGCAGAUACACUCGACGAGUCGCCGUGGGACGUCGCACGACGCGAAGCGGACGAAGAGAUUGGGCUGCCCAUGAAUGAGGAGAAGCUUCGAGGAUUUACCGUGGAGCACCUUUGCGAACUCCCUGCGAAUCUCGCAAAGACCGAGCUCGGAGUGCGGCCCUGCGUAGCCUUUCUUCGUCCGGCAGAGACGUCCUCCGACGUGCCCGCUUCCUCCGACACGAAUGGUCUCUCUGUAGAAGAAAGGCUUAUGCCGCGACUCGACCCCAGGGAAGUAGCAGCGGUCUUCACGGCGCCGUUUCACAACUUCCUGCGCAAAGGGUGGGAGGGUGAAGGCCCACCACCAGUACAGAAAGACGGUAGACCCGAGAAAUGGUAUCGAGGCUCUUGGACAGACUGGCACGAGUCACGCUGGCGAAUGCACAAUUUCUACAUGCCACGACCCCCUCCAUCUCCGACACUCCUACGCAAUUCCGCGCGGUCCUCUCCGCCAUCCAAACCAGAACCUUCUUCGCAUCAAACUUUACCUGAUGGAGAUGACCCUCGCCCAGAGCCUAGCGCAAUCGACAGCCUCACCACGUUUAGAGUAUUUGGCAUGACAGCAAGAAUACUAGUCGAUGCGGCCCGAGUAGCAUAUGGCGAAGAGCCUGAAUUCGAGCACAACAGCCACCACGGAGACGAGGAGAUGAUAGGGAGGUUAUUGAAGAUGGGCAGGCUCAGUGAAGUGAGGAAAAAAGGUGAGGUACUUACGCGCGAGGUACUGAAAGAAGCCAGUAAAAUCUAG